ACCAAUCCAUUCAUAGUGCGAAGUAAAGAAUACCCCACAACGCUCGGUGUUGCUCACUCGCCGCCGCGCGUCGGCACUCGUUGACGGAGAACCUGCCCACCUCCAGUCCACCGCGUCAUCGCCGACGUAGGCCGUACACACAGUCGUCUCCAACUGAAUUCACACCUUGCCGCUCAAAUUGGACGAUUGACUGUUCCCUUUUCCUCUAUUUCUCCUUCUGCACUCCACCUGUUCGACAAAUUUCCUCACAGAAUUGAAGGUGAAUUUAUUCCUCGAAAUGCGCCAUACCAUAACCUACUCAACUGCGGCGGUGAUGAAACAGCCAUUGUGGAACUUCGUUUCUUCUUUGAAACACUGUUCUUCGUCGGCAUCAUCGGCCGGCGUACUCAGGGCGGGGGACGUUCUGAAGCAAACCAGAACAUUUUCAAAAUCAGACAUCACCGAAUACUCGAAGCUGACACAUGACUUCAAUCCUCUGCACUUCGAUUUGGAUUGCGCCAGAAAAUCGGGUUUCGCAGAUGUUCCUGUCCCCGGAAUGCUUGUUGCUUCCUUGUUCCCCAAAAUCAUCGCUUCCCAUUUCCCAGGUGCUGUUUACGUGAAGCAAAGUCUGGAUUUUAAGGCUCCGGUAUUCGUUGGAGACGUGAUCACUUGUCGAGUGCAGGCAAGCAACAUCAGACAAAUCAAACACAAGUUCAUGGUGAAGUUGGAGACGACAUGCUGGAAGGAAGGCGAGAUUGUCGUUAUCGAUGGUGGUGCCACCGCAAUUCUGCCCAGCCUGGCUGUGAAGCUAGUCGACAAUUCAUGACUCGUUACAGAGUACUGCAAUUAAUUUGAAUGCACAUUUUGUUGCCCCGGUGCUCUAGAUUUUGGUGUUGUCUUAGUUAAGUGCCCAUUUUUUUAAUUAACUGCCGUUGUCUUGGGUCUAUUUGCCAUUUGCCGAAA